CUGUGAACUGAAGGGAAAGAUUAGUGCUCAAGAGAAGAGGCCAAAGUUCAGAGCUGCAAGGUGAAGCUAUGGAAGGUGAUGAUCCAAACAGUACAACGUCUUCAGCUGCAAGUAAUGCCAUGGGUGAUGAUAUCUCAAACAAUACUACACCAUCUUCAGCUGCAAGUAAUGCCAUGAGUGAUGACAAUACACCAUCUCCAGAUGAUGGUAAAACCAUGGAAGGUGAUACUUCAAAGAGUACUUCAUCUACAGCGGAAAGUAAAGCCAUGAAAGGUGAUACCUCAAACAAUAAUAUUCCAUCUCCAGAUGCUAAUAAUAAAACCACUGAAGGUGAUACGUCACAGAGAGCAUCGCCUACAGCUGUUGGCAAAACCAUGGUAGAUGAUGCAUUUUCUGAAGUUCUUAAAAACAAAAUGGAAGAAGUGGAAAAGAUGGGAGGGCAGAUAACGUCACUAGAGAAUGAUGCUAUGGCAACUGAUGACAACACAUCAAGGCAAAUGGUGAAUGACUUGAAAAGAAAAUAUGAGAAUCUGGUGAUAUUUCACAGAGUGCUUCAUCUCCAGCAGUUGGUAAAACCCUAUUGGAAGGCGAUACUUCAAAGAGUAUAUCAUCUGAAGAAAAUUCAGCAAAGGCUUCAGAAUCGGAAGCGUCGUUCCUGAACGAUCAAGAAGCAAAUACUGUGGAUAUUGAAGAAAGUAUGAUGAAAAUUAAAGAAACGAGAGGGAAGAUAAGGUCAUGCCAAAUGGCGAAUGACUUAAACUCAAAAUAUGAGAGUAUGAGGGAGGAAACCAAAAUUAUCAUGGCUCAGCUUCGUAGCCGCUUGUCAAAAAAGUAAUGACUCUGAUGCGUCCAAAAUAUAUAGUAUUGUGAUGAAAUGAAUAUUGGAACUAAUGAAUCGUGUUUUUGUUUUU